GAAAAACUUGAGAAAGCUGCGGAAGCAUUUGAGGCUGCAGAGGAGUUACAUCAAUCAUUUGUCACACGUAUUGAUGAGUGGAUGUUACACAACUAUGGCAGAGCUAUCGACCUCUUCAGACGUUUUGACCUUAAUGGGGACGGUUGUCUAACAUACGAGGAAUUUUACGCUGGGAUGAGAGACCUUGACGCUCCUUGCAACAAAGUGGAAUUAUAUCUCCUUGCUAAGAAAUUAGAUGAAGAUUCGAAUGGAUUGAUUGAUUACUUGGAAUUCUCAAAAGGUUUAAAAUAUUUUCGUAAAUCAGAGGUUGUUGCAGAUGGUGAUCUUCCAAAUUUGACAAUUAUUCGAGAGAAACUUGAACACUGUCCUUGUUGUAAGCUAGGGUUGUGGAAACCUCAGAAAGAGGCCUUCCCAAGGUGGGUUCAAUGCAAAGAUAUUUUCCAGUAUUUAGGUCAAUGUGUCAGUCAGUCCUAUAGUCAGCCAUUUCAAUAGUUGGUCGGUUGUCAGUUUGAUAAUUGGUUGGUUAGUUGGUUAGUCAGCCAUUUCGAUUUUAGUUGCUCAGCCAGGUCUAUAGUCAGUUGGUUGGCUAGCCAUUUCAACAGUUGGUAAUUGAUUCGGUUGGUCAUUUUGAUGGUCAUUUACUUGGCCAGCUGGUAAUCGGUUGGUCAGUCAGUUUGGUUAUUUCAAUAGUUGGUUAGUCAUUCCCAAAAUUAGUUAUUCGGUUGGCCAGUCAAUUUGAUAGUCAGUUGGUUAGUCUGCCAGUUCAAUAGUGACUGAGUCUGUUUAGGCAGCCAACCACUCAUCAAUAUUAUCAAAUACCAUCAACAAUAGUCCCAGAAAAAUCAUUAAAGUCCUUUUCUUUCAGAUACAUACAGCUGGAUCUUCGUCUUCUAACUUUUGCGAACAUAAAAAGCUAUCCUGGCAAUUUUCAAAUCUUGAUUCAUGCUCAUGUGACUGUCUACUCCGUUUUGGAAUUGAUCAAUAAGAGACUGGGUGGAACAACACAGAAAUUAACAAUAUACAGAGACAAAGGGAGAGAGAGGGUAGCCCUGGAUCCAAAUUUGACACUUCAAGAGACGGGGUACGAGGGUGGGCCCAGACAUUUGCCACAAGAAGUUGGACUUCUGUAUGAUUAUAUGACCGAGUUUAACGACUGCCCCAUUUUAACAUCUGAUCAUUAUUUCUAA